AAUGCUUUAAUUAUCCGCUCUAGUUGUACACCGAUUAUUACAUCAGAGAAAAAUUUAGUAUAAAACCCACACUUUUCCCUGGAGAAGACACUCUCUCCAUCGUUUUCAACCAGGUCACACACGUCGCAAAUCAUCACCCAAACUCGUCAACAUGCAAUCCGCCGUCGUUUUCGUCGCCCUUUUGGCCGCUGCUAGCGCCAACACCAUCUUCACCCACGUUCCAGCUCAUGACUCCACCGUCAUCAAGUCUGACCGAGUCGGGGGAAACUUUGCUUACUCUGUUGCUGAAAACAAGGCUGUAGGAGUCGUCACUCCCGUCGUUUCUCACGUCACUUCCCCCAUCGCCACGACCUACACGGUCCAACAACCUUCCACCGUUUCCGUCGUUGCUCCACAACAGACCGUUGCUGCCUGGCCAACGACCUACAGUGCGGCUUGGCCCCACGCUUCGUGGUCCAACGUGGCCACUGUGGACGCCUCCUCUCCAAUCGUCUACUCUGCCAAGACCAACGUUGCUGGAGUCGAGACCGAAAAGCAAAUCAACCAAGUUCACCACACCGCCCAACCUGCUACCGUUUGGUCGUCUGCCGUCCAACAACCCGCAACCUGGGCUACCGUUCAACAACCAGCCACUUGGGCUGUUCAACAGCCAGCCUCUACCUGGGUUCAACAGACUGGAAACUCCAUCGUUUCCUCUGCUUCUCCAGUCGCCACCACUUAUGCCGUCCACUCCCCAACUGCUUCCAAUGUCGUUGUUUCUUCCGGAACUCCAGUUGCCACCACGGCCAACUGGAACGGACACUGGAACACUGUUCAACAACCAGCAGCCACUUGGGCUUCGACCGUUCAGGUUCAACAACCAUCCAACUCUAUCGUUUCCUCUUCUCCAGUUGCGUCCACCUAUGUUGCCGGAGCUUCUCCAUGGGGCUACGGUUUGGGACAACCCUGGACUUGGAACGCCAACACGGUCGUCGUCUAAGAAAUUUUAAAAAUAUGCCUGCCGUUUGUUUAAUACUGUUUCCAAAUGAUCUGUUGAUUGGUUUAAUAAAGUCAAAAUUAAUGCUA